AUGGAGUUCUUGCUUGCUCUCUUCGCUUACUUAUGUAUCUUCUUAAUCCCAAUAGCUAUACUUUUGUAUGUCAAGGCCACCCGACUGAGCUUGAGGCUACCUCCUGGUCCGAUAAGAUUCCCAUUCAUCGGCAAUCUUCAUCAGUUGGGCGAGCUUCCCCACCGCUCCCUUCGGCUCCUCUCGGAGAAGUAUGGCCCCCUGAUGAGCCUAAAGCUUGGCUGCAUACCAACCAUCAUCAUAUCCUCCUCGGAAAUGGCCUCUGAGAUCUUGAAGACCCAUGAUCUUGUCUUUUGCACUAGGCCUCCCCUCGUCGCCUUCAAAAGAUACUCCUAUGGUGGAUUGGAUAUAGCCUUGUCACCCUACAACGAACAGUGGAGGCAACUAAGGAAGAUUAGCUUGUUAGAAGUUUUUAGUGCAAAGAGG